AGCCCUUUGGGUUCGAGCUUUCUGGCCAGAGGCGAGUUUCGCCUCCGGCUCUGGGCGCACCUUGCGCCACUGCGUGGCAAGCAGUUCUUUCGGCACGAUCGAUCCCCGCACCCCGGGGCGGCGCCAUGUCCUUCCUCGUGCCCGGAGGCCAGGCGGUCGCGCGCGGCCUCACCCGCGGCAGCCUGGCGGCGUCGUUCCACGCCGGGGACGCGCGGGGCCUCGCUGGCGGCACCCCGGCGCAUCGUUUCACGCCGGGGACACGCGCGGCCUCACACGCGGCAGCCUGGCGCUGGCGCUGAACACGGGGGGCGGCGUGGAGCGUGCGGGCGUCGAGCUGCAGGAGGUCAGGCUCGACGCCGUCGCCGAGGCGCCAUCCUCGCCGUCCAGCGCUGGGCCCAGGCACGAUGCCCGGGGCCUGGCCCGAGCGCACCCUCGGGAGGACAAGCCUCAGGUGAGGAAGGUGUUCUGGCUCUUCAUGUGCAUUCAGAUCAUGGUCAACUACGAUGGCGGCGCGAUCCCCGCCAUUCUCGGUACCCUGCGAGAGGAAUUCCAGGUGAGCGAGUUCGAGCUCGGCGUGAUCAAUUCGGUGCCAUACCUGGGCAUUCUCAUAUCCUCGACGUAUUCUGGCUUGAUAUUGCAAAAGUGCUCUCAGAAGACAAUUCUCUCAGGAAUGCUGAUAGUGAACGCCAUGUUUUGUGCUCUGCUGGCGGUUGCGCCGCACUGGGGCUUCUUCAUGUUGGCGCGAAUAUUCUUGGGCUUGACACAAGGCCCGUUUAUCAUCUACGUUGCUGUGUGGGUCGAGGAGUUCGCCCCCGUGGAGAACAAGACGAGCUGGGUUGGUAUUGUGCAGGUGGGCGUGCCUCUCGGGGUGACCCUGGGCUACCUCGUCGCCGGUUUCCUUGUGAUCAAGGGCAUCCCUUGGAGGUACGCCUUGGGUAUCCAGUGCAUAACGAUCACGCUGCUCAGCCUGAUUCUUGUGACCAGGAAGUGCCCGCACGUGGACAACCCCUGGACCAGCCCUCGCAUGAAGGAGUGGAGAGAAGCCUGGGAGCCGCAGCAGCUCUACGGGAACGACGCGCCGCGCCAGUCCGACGGCUCUGCCGAGCAGACUGGCGAAGAGAACGCGCAGAUGUCGGACGGAAGUGUCGAGCUGGAAAGGCAGUCGAAGAUGACGAUGAUGGAGCAGCUAAAAUUGCUCGCAAAUCAGUAUCGGUCACUCUUGCGUGUAGCCGAUCGUCGCUGUACUUCAUCGUGCAGGGCAUCCAGGUGUGGGUUUCCGACUAUCCCGGAUCUUAAGCAGAAUUUCGUCCUCAUGGGCCAGACCCAAGAAGAAUUUGAUAGUCUCGUCAUGGGCGUAUUCUCUCUUGUGGCUCUCACUGGGCCAGCCACGGGCGUCAUCGCUGGCGGUAUCGUUGUCGACAUGCACGGUGGCUACAGCGGUUUGCGGGCGCGGAUCACGACGCUCAAGCUGAUGCUUGGCGCGGCCACUGUGGCAACCAUAUCUGCCAUCAGCCUUGGCUUCAUCAAGGGUGGUAAUGGCAUGAGCGAGUUCUGGUAUUUUGUUGUUCUCAUGUGGCUCGUUCUAUGCGCCGGUGGCGCGAUCGUGCCUCCUGGCACUGGAAUCAUGUUGACCGUAGUUCGUGCCGAAAUGCGCGCAUUUGCGUCAUCCGUGGGCCAGGGUUUCUACAAUAUUUUUGGAUUCGGCAUGGGAUCAUUGUUGCCCGGUGUGGCGAUCAGUUUGAUGCCGUUCGAAAACCCCCGAUUGCGGCGACAGUACGGCAUGAUGACGCUGUUUGGAUCCAGCUUCUUUGCGUGGCUCAGCCUGGCGUACAUGGUUGCAAAGGAGGAGGGUCUCAAGAGGAGCCGAAGCAGGGAGACACUGGAGAAGCUGCAGGCGGCUCUGGACGAGCUCGCGGACGAGGACGAGCUCCCCCUGGAUGAGCUGCAACGCCGCGACAACGGCAUGUCGCAAGCGCUUCGCAUGGUCGCGUGGUCGGGCCUGGAUCCGCAGAAUGCUCUCGUCAGGGAGGCCCAGCGUCGGCAGGAGGCCCUGCUUGCCACGAUUGGCCGGCGCGCUGCCCGGGGCGGCGGUGACGACGGCGCGGCCCUUUCGGGCACGGCCACGAGCGUCGCGAAAGGAGGGGCGGACGGCGCUGGCUGACGACGGAGGCAUGCCGGUGGAGGCCAGGGUUUGAGCGUCCCAUGGUCGUCCAGCGUGAGCUGCAGAGUGGCAGCCUGCGCUCCGAAGGUGUGCAUGCUGACCAUUGGGGGAAGAACACCUCCUCGUCCUGCGUCUCCUGCUCCCUCGCGUCCUCAUCCUUCUCAUCUCCUCCCUGCUCCUCCUGAAGGGCCAGGCGUCGGUGCGUGUUGUGCCUUGCUGACGCGGUGCAAAAGGGC